UGUUGUAACCGUUUAUUUAUUUUUCUGUUUAAGAUGUUUACAUUUAUGUUGUUGCUGUGUUUGGUGGGGUCUAUCUACACUCAGGAGUCUGGGGAUAAUGUUCAGGAAGACUAUGAAAUCCAAAAUAAUAUAGAACCCUUCCCUCUAAAUGAUGACACAUCUGAAGACCAUCUGGAGGAUUCUCUGCCUUCUGAUAAAAUCACAAUUGGUGAUAAAUGUAAAUCCUACAAAUUUUAUAACAGUCAUCUUACCUUUAGUGCUGCUCAGGGAAUCUGUAGACGGUAUGGUGGGAAUCUCUGUUCAAUUCACAGCGCAAGGACCAACAGAUGUGUUUCGAAUCUGGUGAGGAGAGCAAACAGAAGUGUAACAUUGGUCUGGAUUGGUGUGAGGAACUAUGGAGGAAAUUCUCCAUUCAGAAAUGUAGAUGGCACUCGACUGGACUACACCAACUGGGGAUGUGGGCUAUCUUCCAGUAUUAGUAGGUGCGCUGCCCUCAAUAUUCACACUGGACAAUGGCACACUUUCCAUUGUGGGAUACGUUUUCCAUUUGUUUGCACCUACUAGCAAUUUGGUUAACCUGCAACCUGCAACACCUUUCACUCUUUAUGGGCAUUCCAGACCCAGCUUAAUAUGCAUUUGUAAACAUAUUUUCAAUAAAGUUUGAAGCAAAAUGUGUAUAA